AUGUUCGAUUUCCGUACCUGGGCCUGGACCGAGCUAGACUUUUUUCAAAACGCAAAUAAGAGUUGUGGUGCGUAUAUCGAGCUUAUCUUCAAUGGAUUUAACACUCCUAUAAUUAAUCUAUUACAGGGACACAACUGUGUUACCAGCCUGAAUCUGGACGAGAAUCAAAUAAGCAGCUUGAAACACAAAGCGUUCAACCAGUUGCCUUAUAUGAAAAAACUUUCUUUACGAUACAAUAAAAUUUCAGCGAUUGACAAUGAUUUUUUCAGCCCUCUUCUUCGGAUUGAGUAUCUCGACUUGUCGUCUAACAACAUAAUGGAUAUAAGUGGCUUCAACAAACUUACACGGCACAUGUUAAAUCACUUAAAUCUGUCCCACAAUCAUAUCGUUAAAGUUAGUAGCUAUCUAUUCAACUUAAGUUCACUUGAAGUGCUCGAUUUGUCGAACAAUUCGAUUAAAUCUUCCGAGCCAAUCAUGUUACCGACAAAUUUGAGACAUUUAAAGUUAGAUAACAACGAAAUCGUCACCUGGCCUUUAGAUUUCAUCCCGGCAAGACUUACAGAUCUCUCGCUCAAAUUUAACCAAUUAAACUACACCAAACCGAUCUCAAGUGUGAAACGACUCGAUCUGUCCAACAACAGACUCAACAACUUCUGUAGUGACCAUUUCUCGUCUCUCGAAGAGCUCGAUUUGUCUGGCAAUUACUUUGAUUCUAUUCCGUCAUUUCGUUCCAACAAAACACUACCAUUACGGAAGCUUGCCUUCAAUUACAUGCCCAACUUACUCUCCAUUCGACAAGAAUCAUUCGAAGGAGCAGCAAACCUUACAGAGAUCAGUAUAUCCGUCUGCCCGCGCUUAUCUCUAAUCGAAUCGGAAACAUUUACCGGUCUGAAUUGGCUGGAAAAGCUCGAUCUCAGUUACAACAACUUAGAAAAAUUGCCCAAAGAUAUGGCACGCUGGCUAAGGAUCAAGGACGGCGUAAACUUGCAGGGAAAUCCGAUCAAGUGCGAUUGCUCUAUGCAGUGGUUUGUGGAUUACGUUCUUUCACCAAUGCACUCUAGACCGGAAAUGCACAUUCUAUUUUUAGAGCUAAAGUGUGCUGGACCAGAGAUUUUUAAGGAUUUACAAAUGGUUCGGUUCACCAUACACGAAAAUCUGCUAUGCCUCCCCAUGCAGGAUGUUUUGCAGUUGCCGGGAAUGCAAUGGUUGGAAAAGAUCGUCAAUAACCUCAACCCAAGCAAUCAAGCCCAGUCCAACAACAUAACUCUGAACGUGCAAAAGUGA